AUGUCAUUCCGGAGGAGUGUGUUAGCCCAGAUGAUCAUCUGCGGAAUCAUAGCGCUGUUGGGCCCUGGAUUAUGGAAUGCGAAUAACUCAUUGGGCGCGGGUGGUGCUCUUGAGCCAUAUCUGGUUAAUGCUGGAAACUCGUUGGUUUUUGGGCUGAUGGGCUUGUUCUGUAUCCUCUCGCCUGUCUUUGUCAACUGGAUCGGCGUCAAGAACACUUUGAUUACUGGUACUCUGGGCUGGUCCGUCUACAGCGCGGCUCUUUACCAGAACAACCGUCAUGGCACUGAAUGGUUUGUCAUCUUUGGCGCUGCCAUUUGCGGCGUCAGCGCAGGCCUGUACUGGGCUGCCGAGGGCGCCAUCAUCCUCUCGUAUCCCGAGCAUGCAAAGCGAGGCCGGUACCUCGCGCUUUGGCUGGGCUUCAAGAACAGUGGACAACUAAUCGGCGGUGCCAUCAAUCUAGGCCUCAACGCCAAUCGCGCGGAAGGCGGCAAAGUAUCUUAUGUGACCCUCCUUGUCUUCGUCUGCCUGCAGGUCCUGUCUCUUCCGGUAUCAUUCUUGCUUGCCCCUCCGGACAAGACGCAGCGACCGGAUGGCUCGCAUAUCAUUGUCGAGGCCAAAACCUCAUCCAAAGAGCAGCUGAGGAUGCUUUGGAAAACAGUUACGACGCGCAAAAUCGGACUAUUGCUGCCGAUUUUCUUUUCAAGUUGGCUUUAUUGGGGCUAUGCAUCUACAUAUCUGACCUUGUACUUUACUGUCCGAGCUCGAGCUUUGGCGUCGUUCUUGUCGGCUAUUACUGGAACUCUUGCGUGUAUUCUCUUCGGCAUCUUCCUCGAUUCUAGCAAAAUCACAGUCAAGUCCCGUAUCCGUUACGGCUUCAUCUUCUCUACUGGGCUCUUUACCUCCCUCUGGAUCUGGGUUCUCAUUGUCCAGCACGGCUUCGAGCAAAAGCGCCCUGAUUACCUUGACUGGACCUCAUCGGGUUUCGGUCGUGCAUUUGGUUUAUACAUUAUGCUGCAGACGAGCGGAAAUAUGGUGCAGAACUACCUUUACUUCCUUAUUGGUACGAUCGGUGACGGUACUCUGGAACUGAGUCGAUCGACGGGCCUGUUGCGUGGCGUGGAGAGCUGGGGACAGUGCGCUGCAUUUGGUAUCAGCAGCAGCAAAUUCUCUCCCUUCUAUACAACAGUUAUCAACGUUGUCUUCUGGACCAUAAGCUUGUUUCCUGCCGUUUUAACGAUCUGGAAGGUUGAAGGCCAUGCUGAAUACGAAAAUGAGCCCAGCAUCCCUACCGAUAAAAACGAUGGCUCACCGGACAACACGAUGGAGAGGAUCAAUGCUACAGGAAAGCCUGUUCCCGAGACAACUGUCUGA